AUGGGCCAUUGUCUUAGCUGUUUUUAUAACCAGACAAAUGCCGAUGUUGUAACAUCGCCAAAUACGAAGGAGAAUGAUAUAACAGAAAAUAUUGCAAGUAACGAAGCACCAAAUUCAAUGACAUCUGAAUUUCCUCAAGAAGAACCAUUGUUACAGAAUAAUGAAAACCAUCUAAAUUCAUAUAAACCAAAAUCAUUCCCAGGACAAAAUACAAACAGAGUAUGUUUGGCUUCUGAAAAUUCAGCAGAUGUAAAUGACAUACAGAAAACAUAUAGUAAUUCAGAAAAAAGUAAAGCAUUUUACCAUAACAUAAUUCCUUCCAUUCCACGAACAAUGUCAUCAUUGGGAUCAAGUGAGUUUAAGGUGUCCGAGUCUAAGAUUAACCAGUUAUUUGAUCAGUAUAAAGAUUCUUUAGAAGAUACUAUUCUGGCUGAAGGGAUUGAAAAUUUAUGCAAUGACUUACAAUUAGACCCUGACAAUUUUAAAAUCUUAGUUCUGGCUUGGAUGUUGAAUGCUAGUCAGAUGUGUAGGUUUACAAGAGCUGAAUUUAUACAAGGUUUAAAGAGUAUGAAAACAGACUCUGUUAAAGGUAUACAACUAAAAUUGAGUGAAAUAUCAAACAAUUUGAAAAGUGACUCUGAACAGUUUAAGGAUUUGUAUAGAUUUACUUUUAAAUUUGGUCUCGAUGUUAGUACUGGUCAAAGAAUUCUUCCUUCUGAUAUUGCUAUUUUGUUAUGGCGCUUAGUCUUUACAAACAAUGAGCCCCCAAUAUUGGAGAAAUGGUUAAGUUACUUAGAGAAGAAUCCUCAUAUACGAGGUAUUCCCAAGGACACUUGGUACAUGUUUUUAAAUUUCUGUGAGUUUAUUGGAGAUGAUCUUAGCAGCUAUGAUGACACUGAAGCGUGGCCAAGCUUAUUUGACGAUUUUGUUGAAUUUGAAAAUGAUCAAAUGAAUCAGAAUGUUUCAAAAACUAAUUUAAUUAUUCAGGACUGA